AUGACUUUUUACUAUCGCCCGACCGUUACUGAAGCUUUUGCUUCUGUUCAAUAUAUAAUGACUGAAGCUAAUUUUGGUUGGUUAAUCCGAUCAGUUCAUCGAUGGUCGGCAAGUAUGAUGGUCCUAAUGAUGAUCCUGCACGUAUUUCGUGUGUAUCUCACCGGUGGCUUUAAAAAACCUCGUGAAUUGACUUGGGUUACAGGUGUGGUUCUGGCUGUAUUGACCGCAUCUUUUGGUGUGACUGGUUAUUCCUUACCUUGGGAUCAAAUUGGUUAUUGGGCAGUCAAAAUUGUAACAGGUGUACCGGAAGCUAUUCCUGUAAUAGGAUCGCCUUUGGUAGAGUUAUUACGUGGAAGUGCUAGUGUAGGACAAUCCACUCUGACUCGUUUUUAUAGUUUACACACUUUUGUAUUACCUCUGCUUACUGCCGUAUUUAUGUUAAUGCACUUCCCAAUGAUACGUAAGCAAGGCAUUUCUGGUCCUUUAUAG